UGGCUAGUUUUCAACAUGGCCGUCUCAAUUACAGACACCAAUCUUUAGCACCGAGGAGAAUCCGCAGUUAAAACGUCACCUGGAACGAGUAUUCGCCAAGGGACAUGCUCGACUGCAGUAUAAGAUUUAUCAGUUAUUUAACAUCGCCAGCAAAAUCGCGAGUCUGAUCGCCAGUUCGUCUCGAUUGCCGAACACUGGGGCGUUUUUAUUUCCCAGACGAUGGAAGGUCUCCAGCUGUCCGACACAGAACAACGUUAUUUCGGCGAUUUAUUUAUCUGCUGCGACGCUGACAACAGUGGCAAAGUCACCGCGAGCAAAGCCACAGAACUAUUCAGAACCGCCAAUUUGCCGUCGGACAGUCUUAAGCAGAUUUUCGAGCUUUGCGGAGUCGGCAGUAGCACGAUCCACUACAGUCGUCGGCAAUUUUACACAGCUCUGAAACUGAUCGCAGCUGCCCAGGCAGGAAUGGCUCUAAACGCCGACUUGGUCUCCUCUGGGUCAGACGUGCCCCUUCCAAGGUUUACGGCAUGGACAACGGAGACCCCGGAAAAGCAGAAACCCACUCGGCAACACAUAUCAGCAAGUCCUGAUCUGAUUCAGCUCAGUGACACAGACGCCACGCCAAUUCCUCUUACGCUGACGUCAAGUGCAGUCAUUUUGACGAGCGACUCCGAAGCCGAUUGCGAGUCCAACGAACCUUCUCACAUUCCCCUAAACAGAAACGCAAACAAUGGAACUUGUUCUCCUGAAGUUUCCAGCAACGCCAGCGAUUCGCCCACUCCUACCAAUAGUGUCAAGGAGAGGAAGGAAAAUUGGGCAAAUGCAUGGCAAGGCCUAGAUAUAGAUCCAAGUUUACUGAGCGAGGAACAAAGACAGCUCUUGGGUACCGAGGAGGAAUCGUCAGACAGGCACAGCAGCGACGAAGAGGGGGUGGAGGAUGACGAAGUUUGGAGCAUAACCGAGGAACAAAGAGAGUACUACACAAACCAAUUCCGCGCUUUGCAACCCGAUCCUUCAGGACUUGUUCCUGGACACACAGCUAGGGUGUUUUUCGAGAAAUCUCGCUUGCCAGUUUCUGAACUUAGGAAAAUAUGGCAACUUUCUGAUGUGACAAAGGACGGCGCCCUUUCGCUGGACGAGUUCAACACAGCCAUGCAUUUAGUGGUGCUGCGCAGAAAUAGCAUUCCCCUUCCGGACGUGCUGCCGUCAGUGCUGCAACCGCCACUGCUCAAUCUCUCUUCCCCGACGCCCCCCAUCAAGGGCCCCCCGACGACAGAGCCGCCUCCUGCACCACAGGUGGAAGACAGUCCGCCCAGUCUGUCUCCGCCAAAUGGUGAACCGAGCUCUCCACAGCGCAGCAAAGAAUGGACCAAAUUUGUUGACUCGCCCACUAGUUCAGUUUCUUCACCUGGUCCCAAACCAGUAAACUUUGACUUCCACAAAGCCGCCGUUGAACAGGACCCGAAGAUUCUGCACCCUGUGCCGUUGAGGGUCACGCCCGACUCGGGGCCGCACACAGAAGAGGACGGUCUGAAGUCGCCCAGGCGGUUCGAAAAUGAGGACCAGGGCAGCCCAAAGAAAGGCAUCGUCAGCCAGAAUAGUCUCGACCCUGGCGACAUCAGACCCAUCCAAAGGCCUCAGCCUAAAAAACCAGCAGCCCCCGGUAGAGGAGCAAUACCCCCUCCACCUCAUCACCCGCACAACAGUGACUUUGACGCACAAGGGACUGUAUCCGGACCCACUAGUCUCCCUCCAAUGGCUGCACUCCCUCAGGGCCCUAAAAAAGAGCCGCCCCCUCCACCGCCCCCUAGGCCGUACAGAACUCACACCAGGAGCUCAUCUCUAGACCUCAACACGCUGGGAAAAGGAAAUUUGCUUCCACCAGUUGUGCCUCCCAGAGUAUCUCCUAUUGCUACUUCUCCCAAAAAGUUGGUCGUCCAGCGAAGCGAGGGUGACGUAAUCAUGCCAAAAAACAAGCAAGGUUUUGCAGACUUUUCUCAUUUUGGAGAUGCCGCUGAAAGUGUAGAAGCAAUAGAAGCAGAGGCACCAAGAAAACACGGAGCUUUUGAAGUCUACAGAAAACCAAUAAAACAAACCAAGCAAGAAGAAGAAACAGCCGAAGCACAACCAGCAACAGAAACGUUAAGGGGUUACAGCGUUAAGCCGAGUGAGCUGAGAGAACAUAACAUGUGCCUCUCACGUCUGUGCGUCCAAUUGGGUCGUGAGCUGGUCUCGUUGCAGGAGGAGCACCUGAGCCUGCGCCUUCAAAUAGAAGCUCUCAGCAGCUCUGGUGAUUAGACUCAGUUGUGUCUUACCUGAAUGAAUGAUUUUAUCCGCCCUCGUCAGGCAGCCAUUUGUUGAGUUUGAAAUCUCGAAAGCCACAAGCAUCAUAUUUUAAAGCAGCUACUUGUUGACUUAUUUUCUAUACAAUUGGAAAGAGGGUCGUCGGCCCGCAAAAUAUACCGUAUGUGAAAUGUAAAUUGUAGCAUGUGAUAUGGAGAUAAUUACUUAUUGCUUGUAAAUAUACCAAAUAAUAUGGCGUUGAGAUAGCGCAAUGUCAAAUAUCUUGACCACUUUAAAACUACCAUUGCUACUACUCGAUUUUUACUACACUAUUUUGUCAUUAUUUGAUAUCGGCAAGUCAUACGAAAUUUUAUUGUUGUACAUCAUACCAUUAUUUGAGUUUGUAUCGCUUCCAAAAUGGAGUAACCCAUUAUUCAUAUUUUUUAUCUCUUGACAAACCGUCUCUACAUUCAUAUGCGAAAUGUUGCACAAACUGAGCUUGCAAUCUUUUCCCCUCGAAUGGUUUGAAAAAAAGUAAUUUCUCAGUCUAGUCAUGAAUAAUUGUUCCAUGGAAUAUCCUUCGUUCUACGGAUUCUAGCAUUCCUUGAUUUGCGAAAAAAGCAGAAAUUAAAGUGCAUGGCCUGUAAAAUAAAAUAAGUAAAUAUUUAGUGUACAUCAAAUGAUGAAUAUUAUAUUUUUGUGAGAACAUUGCUGGUGCUAAGAAGUAAAUUUCCAGCUUUAUUGUUUAUUGUUCUUCAUCAUAGGCUUCAUGAAUUUAUUUUAGUUCUAUUGCCUGGAUAUUUGUAAUUUAUGGAAAAGGUAUAUAAAGAAUAUACUGAAUACGA